AUGGACCCGUGGCCACCGGGACACGAAGCCUUUCUCUGCUCGGACAUCGUCCGCCAACUAGCCGCUUUGGAAAUUUCCAGUGGCUCGGCGGCACACCACGCGGCCGAGCUCCGCAGUGGGAAUACUCCAUUGUCCGUACCCGUCUUGUUGCCCGGGUCACUCCGUGCCCGGGGUGACUUUUCGCUAUUGUCGCUGAGUUUGGUGGAAGAUGCGAGUGCUCCGAAAAAAUACCGGUGGACCGUGUCCGACACGCAAUUUUUCAACAUUCACAAGCCACUGUUUCCAGCUCCAGCUGCGCGGUAG